AACCUUUGACUCUCGCUGCAGUCGGAGGUCAAGGUCUCGUCUUUAUUGCUGUGUGUCCUCUGCUCCUAGAGGCCCAGCCUGUGUGUCCCGGUGACCUGCCGGUGUUGGGAGAUCCACAACGAAGUCGCCAGGACCCCCUGGAAACCUAGAAAUGGGAUCACUGACAUUUAGGGAUGUGGCCAUAGAAUUCUCUCUGGAGGAGUGGCAAUGCCUGGACACUGCACAGCAGAAUUUAUAUAGAAAUGUGAUGUUAGAGAACUACAGAAACCUGGUCUUCCUGGGUAUUGCUGCCUUUAAGCCAGACCUGAUCAUUUUUCUGGAGCAAGGAAAAGAGCCCUGGAAUAUGAAGAGACAUGAGAUGGUGGAAGAACCCCCAGUUACAUGUUCUCAUUUUGCUCAAGACCUUUGGCCAGAGCAGGGCAUAGAAGAUUCUUCCCAAAAAGUGACAUUGAAAAGAUACGAAAAAUGUGGACCUGAGAAUUUACAGUUAAAAAUUGGUUGUACCAAUGUGGAUGAGUGUAAGAUGCACAAAGAAGGUUAUAAUCAGCUUAACCAGAGUUUGACAACUACACAGAGCAAAGUAUUUCAAUGUGGCAAAUAUGCAAACGUCUUUCAUAAAUGUUCAAAUUCAAACAGACAUAAGGUAAGGCAUACUGGAAAGAAACUUUUGAAAUGUAAAGAAUAUGUCAGAUCAUUUUGCAUGCUUUCACACCUCUCUCACCAUAAAAGAAUUUACAGUAGAGAGAAUUCCUACAAAUGUGAAGAGGAUGACUGUGGCAAAGCCUUUAAUAACUUCUCAGUCCUUACUAAACAUAAGGUAAUUCAUACUGGAGAGAAACCCUACAAAUGUGAAGAACAUGGCAAAGCCUUCAGCUGGUCCUCAAGCCUUACUAAACACAAGAGAAUUCAUGCUGGAGAGAAACCCUACAAAUGUGAAGAAUGUGGCAAAGCCUUUAGUGAGUCCUCAAACCUUAAUAUUCAUAAGAGAGUUCAUACUGGAGAGAAACCCUACAAAUGUGAAGAAUGUGGCAAAGCCUUUAGUGAGUCCUCAAACCUUAAUAAUCAUAAGAGAAUUCAUACUGGAGAGAAACCCUACAAAUGUGAAGAAUGUGGCAAAGGCUUUAGUACGUUCUCAGUCCUUGCUAAACAUAAGGUAAUUCAUACUGGAGAGAAACCCUACAAAUGUGAAGAAUGUGGCAAAGACUUUAGUACAUUCUCAGUCCUUGCUAAACAUAAGGUAAUUCAUACUGGAGAGAAACUCUACAAAUGUGAAGAAUGUGGCAAAGCCUUUAAGUGGUUCUCAAACCUUAGUUGUCAUAAGAAAAUUCAUACUGGAGAGAAACCCUACAAAUGUGAAGAAUGUGGCAAAGGCUUUAGUACGUUCUCAGUCCUUGCUAAACAUAAGGUAAUUCAUACUGGAGAGAAACCCUACAAAUGUGAAGAAUGUGGCAAAGCCUAUAAGUGGCCCUCAACCCUUAGUUAUCAUAAGAAAAUUCAUACUGGACAGAAACCCUAUAAAUGUGAAGAAUGUGGCAAAGGCUUUAGUACGUUCUCAAUCCUUACUAAACAUAAGAAAAUUCAUACUGGAGAGAAACCCUACAAAUGUGAAGAAUGUGGCAAAACCUUUAGUAAGGUCUCAGUCCUUACUAAACAUAAGAUAAUUCAUACUGGAGAGAAACCCUACAAAUGUGAAGAAUGUGGCAAAGCCUUCGGCUGGUCCUCAAGCCUUGCUAACCACCAGAGAAUUCAUGCUGGACAGAAACCCUAUAAAUGUAAAGAAUGUGGCAAAGCCUUUAGUAAGUUCUCAGUCCUUACUAAACAUAAGGUAAUUCAUACUGGAGAGAAACCCUACAAAUGUGAAGAAUGUGGCAAAGCCUUUGGCUGGUCCUCAAGCCUUACUAAACACCAGAGAAUUCAUGCUGGAGAGAAACCCUACAAAUGUGAAGAAUGUGGCAAAGCCUUUAAGUGGUCUUCAACCCUUAGUUAUCAUAAAAAAAUUCAUACUGGAGAGAAACCCUACAAGUGUGAAGAAUGUGGAAAAGGCUUUAGUACGUUCUCAAUCCUUGCUAAACAUAAGGUAAUUCAUACUGGAGAGAAACUCUACAAAUGUGAAGAAUGUGGCAAAGCCUAUAAGUGGCCCUCAACCCUUAGUUAUCAUAAGAAAAUUCAUACUGGAGAGAAACCCUAGAAAUUCUACAAAUGUGAAGAAUGUGGCAAAACUUUUAAACAGUCCUCAACCCUUAUGAUACAUGAGAAAAUUCAUACUGAAGAGAAACCCUACAAAUGUGAAGAAUGUGGCAAAGGCUUUAGUAGAUUCUCAAUCCUUACUAAGCAUAAGAUAAUUCAUACUGGAGAGAAACCCUACAAAUGUGAAGAAUGUGGCAAAGGCUUUAAUAUGUUCUCAAUCCUUACUAAACAUAAGGUAAAUCAUACUGGAGAGAAACCCUACAAAUGUGAAGAAUGUGGCAAAGCCUUCAGGUGGUUUUCAGUCUUUAGUAAACAUAAGAAAAUUCAUGCUGGAGAGAAAUUUUACAAACAUGAACAUGUGACAAUGCUUUUGGCAACACCUCAGACUUUUCUGAAUAUAAAAGAAAUACUGAUGAGAAGCUGAUUAAAUAUAAAAGAAAUACUGAUGAAAUCCUAGAAAUGUGAAGAAUGUGACAAAGCCUUUAAACAGCUGUCACAUUUGAUUGUAGGUAAGAUAACUCAUACUGGAGAAAACUACUAGACUAAACAAU